AACAACAAAUUUCAUAAUUUUAUUUUAUAGAAUAAAAAAGACAUGAAUGGACGAAACUUUUUAUUCAAACGGAGAAAAAAGCUUAUUGAUAUUUGCAAGACAUAUUUACUUACUGGUGCACGAGAAUCUGGAGUUCAAAAUGAAGCAGCUACUCCGAUGUCUGUGUAUAUGUCUAGAGUAAACAAAGGGGAACUAACUGAAGAUGAGUACCAGAAGACAAUAGUUGCUUCCCUUGAUAGACUAAAUGCUCAACUCUUGGAUUACAAACCUCCAACAAAAUCUAAUGCUUUUAUGGAAAAGAUCUUUGGUCAACAAAAAAUUUCUGCACCAGAAGGACUGUACUUAUAUGGAAGUGUUGGUUGUGGUAAAACAAUGUUGAUGGAUUUGUUUCAUGAUCAGUGCCCAGUGGAGAAGAAACAGCGGGUCCAUUUUCACAAGUUCAUGUUAGAAGUUCAUCAAAAAAUUCACAGCUGGAAACAAUCUUUGCCACGGGAAGUGAAUAUUAAGAAGUUGCACUCGUAUGACCCCAUACCUCCAGUGGCUGAGAGUAUUAGUGAUAAUACAUGGCUUCUAUGCUUUGAUGAAUUUCAGGUUACAGAUAUAGCAGAUGCAAUGAUACUGAAGAGGCUGUUUACAGAGCUGUUGAACAAUGGUGUUGUUGUUGUAGCAACCUCAAAUAGAGCACCCGAUGAUUUGUAUAAAAAUGGUUUACAGAGAGCAAAUUUUGUGCCAUUUAUAGGGAUUUUAAAGAAAAAUUGUGAGGUACUAUGUCUAGAUUCAGGGAUAGAUUAUAGAAUGACUGCUCUUCCGGCAGAGGGAAAACUCUAUUAUUUAACAAGUAAUAGCAAAUGUGAUGAGCUAGUUGACGAGGUGUUUGAGGAACUUAUAGCUGAUGAGGAUGACAUGGUACAUUCAAAAACAUUAGAUGUAUUAGGGAGGGAUCUUCUCCUGCCUAAGACUUGCGGUAGAGUUUUAGAUACAACUUUUAGUCACUUGUGCUGUCAGGCACUAGGGGCUAUAGAUUAUCUGGAAAUUAGUCAAAACUUUGAUUCUGUGAUUAUACGCAAUAUACCCAAGAUGACCUUGAAACAAAAAUCAGAGGCCAAGCGGUUUAUAGUGAUGAUAGAUACAUUUUAUGAUAACAAGGUAAGAGUUGUAUGUUCAGCAGAAUCACUACCACAGGACCUGUUCACUAAAGGUACGCAGACAUUGAGAGAGGAAGACAGGAAUAGAAUGUUGAUGGAUGAUCUAGGAUUAAAGGCGGAUUCGGAGUCAUCUGAAGCUAGCAUAUUUACGGGAGAGGAGGAGUUGUUUGCGUUUGAGAGGACAGUGUCUCGACUAACUGAGAUGCAGACGGAAAAUUACUGGAAUUGCAGACAGCCGUACUUGGACUCUUGAUGAUAGCUUAUUAUUAGGAAAAUGUUAUUUUAGAUGACCAUAUUAGAACUAUUUUAACCAAAUGAUAGCUACAUAGUUUUGAUAUAAAAAAAACUGACCAAGAACUUGUAACUUAUGCUUGUGUUACAAUCAGUUUUAAUAGAAUUAUUUUUGGAAGGAUUUUGGAUUAGGCCCAAAAUUGUUUUUUAUAUAUAAAAUUUGUUUUUACCAUCAAACUUUAUUUACAGAAUGAAAGAAAAUUUGGCAUUAAUUUUAAUUGAUUAAUGGUUGGUUAUAGAAAUUUGACCCACCUCUCAAAAAAUUUACCAUCUGAACAAUUGCUC